CCCAAUCCCCUUCCAAUCACUGAUAUGUAACCCUUUGAUUCUGUGCAAUUACUCCACAAGAGAGAGAGAGAGAGAGAAAGAGAGAGCAAAGCAUGGAGGUGGGUGAGUUGCAGAGACAGUUUGUUGAGUACACAGCAUCAUUGUUUGGUGAGGUAAUGAAAAAAGAGAGCAUGCAAAUCAAUGAAUAUAUAGCAUAUGGGUUUUGUUUUGUUUUUGUUGUUUUGGGUUGUGUUUGUUUCAUGUUUGGUUUUUUGCUUUUUGUUGUUGUUUUUGUUUUUGUUCUGUUUUUUGAAGGGGUUCCUGGAUAGUCAGUUCACACAGCUCCAACAACUGCAAGAUGAGAGUAACCCUGAUUUUGUGGUUGAAGUUGUCUCUCUCUUCUUUGAAGAUUCUGAAAGGUUUCUCAAUGAUCUCACCAGAGCUCUAGAACAGAAGUGUGUAGACUUCAAAAAGGUUGAUACCCAUGUUCACCAGUUCAAGGGCAGCAGUUCCAGCAUAGGUGCACAGAGGGUAAAAAAUGCGUGCAUUUCCUUUCGCAAUUUUUGUGAGGAACAAAACAUCGAAGCGUGUUGGAGAUGUCUACAACAUGUGAAACAAGAGUAUUUGCUUGUGAAAAACAAGCUUGAAACUUUAUUCAGGCUGGAGCAACAAAUUUUGGCUACUGGGGGGUCAAUUCCCCUGAUGGAAUGAGUGGUCUCAAGGUUAAUUAGGGCAAUUUACGUACAUGCAAAUUGAGUAAAUUUAGGAGGUUGUUGCCAUGAAGCUUUUGUUGUGAGUUUAUGUUAACUUCCACUUAAUGUAAAGAUUCUAUAAACUACUGAUUCCUAAAUUCGAGUUUUUCUACUACCA